AGGUCAGGUGUCUGCAGCGGUCUUACUAUCAUCUACCGCGGGCGGUGUGGUGAUCUUUCUUAGUCACUUUAAGUCGAUUGUUGCAGAUUGUCCUGAAAAGAAAUUAACGAUGGAUGAAGAAUAUGAUGCUAUUGUUUUGGGCACAGGACUCAAAGAAUGCAUUUUGAGUGGAAUGCUUUCUGUAAGCGGCCGGAAAGUUCUUCACAUGGAUCGCAAUAAAUACUAUGGUGGAGAAAGUGCAUCAAUCACCCCACUUGAAGAAUUAUUUGCCAAGUUUAACAUGCCAGCUACUCAGCUGGAAGAAUAUGGCAGAUCUAGAGAUUGGAAUGUUGAUUUAAUACCAAAGUUUUUAAUGGCUAAUGGCCAGUUAGUUAAACUUCUUAUACAUACAGGAGUGACUAGGUACUUAGAAUUUAAAUCUGUGGAAGGAAGUUAUGUGUAUAAAGGAGGAAAAAUCUAUAAAGUUCCAGCUGAUGAAAAAGAAGCAUUGGGAUCAAAUUUAAUGGGCAUGUUUGAAAAGAGGAGGUUUAGAAAUUUCUUAGUCUAUGUUCAGGAGUACAGUGAAAAGGAUCCAAAAACAUGGAAAGAUGUAGAUGCUAACUCCAUGACCACUGCUCAAUUGUAUGAAAAAUUUGGAUUAGAUAAAGACACUGCAGAUUUUACUGGUCAUGCAUUAGCUCUGUAUCGUGAUGACGAUUAUCUUGCAAAGCCAUGCUUAGAAACUAUCAACAGAAUUAAACUGUACAGUGAUUCUUUGGCUCGCUAUGGCAAGAGUCCAUAUCUAUAUCCAUUAUAUGGGCUAGGAGAGCUUCCACAAGGGUUUGCAAGGCUAAGUGCAAUUUAUGGUGGGACAUACAUGCUGGAUAAACCAAUAGAUGAAUUGGUAAUGGAAAAUGGCAAGGUAGUUGGAGUCCGCUCUGGAAAUGAAACUGCAAGAUGUAAACAAGUUUUUUGUGACCCAUCUUAUGUUCCUGAUAAAGUUGAAAAAGUUGGGCAGGUAGUUCGUUGCAUUUGCCUCUUGAAUCAUCCCAUUCCAAAUACGAAGGAUGCACUUUCGUGCCAGAUAAUCAUUCCACAGAAACAAGUUGGCAGAAAAUCAGAUAUAUAUGUGUCUCUUGUCUCAUACACUCAUCAAGUUGCAGCUAAGAAUUGGUUUGUUGCUAUGGUCAGUACUACUGUUGAAACUGAUAAUCCAGAACAGGAAAUUAAACCUGGUUUGGAUCUCUUGGGACCAAUCAAGCAGAAGUUUGUAUGGGUUAGUGAUGUAUUUAAACCCAAAGAUUAUGGUGAAGAAAGUCAAAUAUUUAUAUCUGAAUCAUAUGAUGCGACGUCACAUUUUGAAACAACCUGCCUAGAUGUGUUGGACAUCUUUCGACGUGGAACUGGGGAAGAUUUUGACUUUUCCAAGGUGAAGCAUGACUUGGGGGAUGAGCAAGAAUAAAAUCCCUUGCCUCUCGCACAGUAUCACUUUGCCUCGCUGAUGCUGUUUCCCCCAUUUAUAUAAUCUGUGGCAGGGCUUGAAAGAGCAUAGGCUUCUGUCUUUUUUUUAUUUUUUGGGUGAUAAAUGUCACCAACUGCUUUUCGUAAGUGGUGAUCUUUAAAGGGAAAAAAAAAGCAAAAUUGUGACUGCUGUUUCCCCUGGAAUAUCUGAAAGCUAUAACUACAUUCAUUUUUUCAUAUUGUGAUUUGUAGUCCAUCAGUUUUAAUAUUUAAGACCAGUGAAUAGGAAAAAAUAAAGAUAGCAAAAUCUACUAUCACUGUUAUAGUUUUGGUAGAAAUAUAUGCCUGCUCGCUCAAAAAGUAAAAGCUGAAUGUUAAUUUUCACCCAAAGGAUGUAUUUCUUGUCAAUUGAUUAUUGAUUGCUAACUAUAUAUUAUAUAUAUUAAUUGUUAUUAAUUGUAAAAAAAUUCCCAAAGCUACCAGUUUAAUGUGAUAUGAUUACUGUCAAAUUACUCUGUGAUUGUUUUGUGGCACCUUGGGGUAUUUCCCUAAAUACACUUCGGCUUUGCUCUGUAUGUCGUCAGAAAUUCUUAUUAAAAAAGCACAUUUGGUGACA